AUGAAAAUCGUAAUUAGAUAUUAUAAUGAAUGGGGAAUUUUGAACGUAGAACAACUCAAAAUCUCAUCGAAAUAUAAAAUAUCUGAGUUGUAUGAUUAGGUAUCAAAUUUGACAGGAAUUGAUUAAAACCAACUGAAAUUGAUUUUGAUAUAAACAAAUGAGAAAGUAACAUUUUAGAUUAAGAAGAUUGUUCUUGAUGAAUUAAACCUUUACAUAUGUGAUUAUUAGAUUUAAUAAGGCUCUGCCAUAUUCGCAUAAAAAACAACUGAUCCUUUCUCCGAUAUGGCUUCUUCAUUUUCAUCGUAAUUCGAUCCCUCGCAAUUUCUUGAUACUUCAGCGAAUUCCACUCCUGAACAAGAGACUAUGUUCUAACUUAUCAGAAUGUCUCUUCUGAGUGAUCUAGAACUCUUUUUGGAAGAUAGAAAUGAUCGAGCCUAAUUGAUAAAUGGAAUUGAAUUGACAGGAUGGAAUGCACUCCAUCUAGUCACUUUUUUAGGAGAUGACAAGAUGUAUUUAUGGUUAAUCAGUUCUGGAGGUGACAUCUCCAUUCUCUCCAAAGAUGGGUGGAAUUGCUUAUAAAUAGCCAUUUGGUAAUCAAACACCAAAAGUAAAUUAUUCAAAUCUACCUAGCCCAGUGGCAAACUUGAUCAUUGGUUCCAAUUCAAUCAACGUCAAUCAGAUCACCGCCAAAGGAACUGCUCUACAUAUUGCUGCCUAAAUUGAUGAUCAAGAACUGAUAGAGUUGUUAUUGAAACACCCGAAAAUAGACAUCUCAGUAACAUUCCAAGGCAAGUCUGUUGUCGAUGUGGCAGGAGAAAGAACUAAGAAAAUCCUUUAAAAGGAACUCCUCAUCCUAAGGAACAAACAAUUUGACAUCAUCAAUUCCUUUAGAUAAUCCAUUUGCACAUUCUAUUCGCUCAAUUCAUUCUUCACCAAUCGACCACAAAAACCUCCCAUUAUUAAAGGAAGUGCAAAAGUAGUUUCCUAUUUCAAAUUACUUCUAAUUGAUAACUACCUAAUUUGUGAUCCAGACUCAGGAGCCAUUGCAAGAUAUAAGACUUCGAUCCAAUACCCUUUUAAUCCCAAGUAUUUUAUUAAUAUUUUUUGAGAGUUAAUUCCUUUGGAGUUUAUAAAUGAAAUCAAACUAUCAAAGGAUCAUUGGUUUCAAGACAAAAAGUUAUUCUAUCUAGAAAUACAGUACUUUAACAAACAUUUGCAUAUUGCAUUUCAAACCAAAAGUGCUGCGAGAUAGUGGCUGGAAUCCAUCAGAAAUUCAAUCGGGUAUUGUAGAUACAUGAAUCAAAAAUUGAAUUAAUACGAAUAAGAAAAACAAAAAAAAACCAUUCUUUAAGUCAUGAUGGAAAAAUAAAAUCAAGAAAUUGAAAUCUUUGAUGUUGAAAAACAAAUCAUCUAAAUGAAUCAAUAUGAAAAAUCUAUUUUAAGUUAGCAUUAGAUCUACAAUUAUACUAGAAGUGCCAUCAAAAUUAGAGAUGUCCAAGUACUCUCACAUCUUGGCAAAGGCACUUUUGGAUAAGUCUUUAAAGUAUCUCAUCCAAUUCUAUGCUAGGUUAUUUAUAAAAAUAAAAUCUAUGCACUUAAACAGUAAUUGAAAUAAUAGGUCCUACAAGAUGUCAAGUACAUUUAAAGUGAACUAAGCAUCAUGAAGUAUCUAAAUCAUCCAUUUGUUGUUAAACUACAUCAUUCUUUUCAAGUGAAUCUAACAUUAUAUUCAUUAGACUUAACACUAUCUAUACAUGCUUCUAGAAUAUUGCGAUAAUGGAGAUCUCACAAAUUAUAUGGCUAAGGGCACAAUUCUAUAAGAACCCUAAGCCCUUUUCAUUAUAGCCUAAAUUAUACUAGCAUUAGAAUAUCUUCACUCCUUAAAUCUGAUAUACAGAGAUUUAAAGCCAGAAAAUGUUAUGGUUUCAAAAAAUAAUUACAUAAAACUCAUAGAUUUCGGACUAUCCAAAGAAGGUUUUAAUGUAACUCACACGUUCUGUGGUUCACCAGCGUACUUAUCCCCUGAGUUAUUGAAUGGCCAUGGAGUAACACAAAGCACUGAUAUUUAUACAGUGGGUCUUCUGUUGUAUGAAAUGCUAUCGGGUUAUCCUCCACAUUUUAGUAACAACAUCAGAGUACUGUUAAAUGGAAUAUAACAUGAAGAACUCAGAAUUCCAAAACACUUUUCUGGAACUGUCAAAAAUUUCUUAGAAUAAAUCAUCACGAAAAAUCCAACUGAAAGAUUAUCCAUCAAACAAAUGAAAAAUCAUAUCAUUUUUGCAGAAAUUGAUUGGUUAAAAUUAAAACAAUAAGAAUACAUAGCACCAGUGCUAAAGAGAAAAGAGGCAAACAAGUAAUUAUAAUCAACCAGAUUGAUUGAUCAUGACUAUCCCUAAGAUGGUGAAAGGAUCAAUGAAGUAUUUGGUUGGGAUUAUUCUUGUUAAAAUUGA